AUGGACGAGGGCACCGAGUUAUCUCUGACCAUCGCUCAGAUCGUGCAGCGGUUGAAAGGAAGUCACCUCCACUCACAGAUAGAGAGGCAAGCCAAAGAGUGUUUACAUCAGCCUGAGAUAAAGCUGGAGUCUCUUAAAGAGGAUGUGCGCAGUUUUCUCAAAACAUCAGGCUGGGAAAGAAAGCUACAGAAUGCAGUGUACAGAGAGCUGCACGUCCAGCUGCCCCCGAGCCAUCCCGCGGCUCCUCCAGAGCAUCUCAAAGAGCCGCUGGCCUACAUGCGCAAGGCACAGGCCAGCUGGGAGAAGCGUGUCCUCAAAAGCUUGAACAGCAUGAGUACAGAGUUGGGAGUGCCUCUGGCUCGCAUGAGGCCUGCAGCCGAGCAGAAGGAGCUCGCCAACAAAUGGAACGAGAUGGGCACGGAUGAACCAGAUUUAAGUCGGUUCAGGCCUGUCUAUGCCCCAAAAGACUUCCUGGAGGUGUUAAUAAGCUUGAGGAACCCCAACCAUGAUAGCAGUGAGGACGUCAGCGCCAAGAGUCACUGGGGUCUCAUCCAGGUUCCCCUCAAUGUCAGGGACAUCCCACAGCUGAGACAGGCCUACUCAGAACUGAACCUCUUCACUGGGCAGCUGGGGAUUGACGAUCAUGCUCACAUCCAUCCAGGCUCUGCAGACUUGUUUGAAAGCGAGUACGUUCAAAUCGGGAAAAAAGUGGUUGUGGAGCAGGACAGUGCAGCAGCGCAGCAGUACAGCAGGCAGGGCUGCCCCACAGGGCUGCGAGCUGACCUUUGGGCCCUCAUCCUCAACUCCACUAACCAGCCUCAGGAUGUGAUGCAUUAUGAACAGCUAAAGGCCGGAGUCAUCCAACAUGAGCUGCUAGUGGACAACCUCAUCUAUAAGGAUGUGAAGCUCACCGCCAGUAAUGACGACUACUACUUUGUGUUUGAAGAUUUCCUCUAUCAGGUGUUGCUGUGUUUUUCCCGAGACACUGCCGUACUGGAGCACUUCAAAUACAACAGUGCCAAUCCUCCCAAAUCCUACAUCCAAGGAAAAGUGGGAGAUGAUGAGUGCGCAGUUGUUUAUCCGCCCAACGGUGUAAUCCCUUUUCAUGGGUUCUCAAUGUAUGUUGCACCUUUGUGUUUCUUGUACAACGAGCCGUCCAAGCUGUACAGCGUCUUCAGGGAAAUGUACAUCCGCUACUUCUUCCGAUUGCACUCCAUCUCCUCCUCUCAUUCUGGUAUAGUGUCUUUGUGCCUGCAGUUUGAGCGGCUACUCCAGACCCACCUGCCUCAGCUCUUCUAUCACCUUCGACAGAUUGGGGCGCAGCCGUUGCGGAUAGCUUUUAAGUGGAUGGUGCGGGCCUUCUCUGGUUAUCUUUCCACUGACCAGCUGCUUCUUCUCUGGGAUCGAAUCCUAGGAUACGACUCGUUGGAGAUAGUUGCAGUCCUAGCAGCUGCCGUGUUUGCCUUCCGUGCCGAGAACCUGAUGGAAGUGACAUCACUGGCCUCAGCUGAGGCUGUCCUCGCCGACCUUUCGACGCUGAAGGUCAUGCCGCUCAUCCAGAUCUUCCUAUUCGCCACCGCCAUCUGAGGAGUACGGAGACCCCAGUAUGUAAUGUUCACGCCACUCAGAAAAUGAAGAGAUGCCUCUUUGUAACACCAACACCAACACCACUGACCAUCCAUCAAGAAAUUGCGUCCUCGUGUGAGAUCUAUCAAGGAAUAAUCACCUCAUCUUGAGCUGGUUCAAGCAAUUGAACCAAUUUCCUCUUUUAGCAUGAAUGCACCAUAGACACUGAAUCCCCCUGUAUCAUGUUAGUAGAUAUUACACAGCAUAUACAAAUAGCAUACAGACCGGUAACGUAAAGCUAACCUCUUUAAGCCAUAUGCUCUGCAGGAAAUAUGACACGCUCUGCAGCGCUCUGAUCAGCUGAGAAGCUCAUUAGGAGAUGAGUUGCAUGGAGCAGUAAUUGUGUUACGAUAGCAGCGUACUAAGAGAACAACAGUAAUGUCUCCGAGCUUGGCUAAUGAAGUGCUAAUUAGCUCCUGCAAUUUAUUCAGCUCUGUAGCUCCUGCUUGUUAUAACACUAUUAGAUAACGCUACCGCUGAUGAAUGAGGAGAUUGGGAGCGCUAUCCCGAGCCAGCGAGAAAUAAUCAAAAGCCACAAACUGAAUGAAACUGUAAGUUAUGAUCAGAAGCUGCUUUGUCGACACGUAAUUUAUUGUAUUUAUGAAGAACUUGCAUAGAACUGCACUUUUAAAGGAAGUUUAGCACCUUCAGUGCCAGUGUUUUACUUCUGUUUUGUUUUAAAAUUAUGGAUUCCUGAAUGUAUUGACUUACUUUGUACUUUGUGUUAUCUUUAAAUGCAAUCAAAUCAACUUUAUUUAUUUCAAUGUCAAACAGUAUUCUUUGCCAGUCAAUGCCAACAUCUGUCAGUGUUUUUUGCAACCUCA